UCAUAGAGACCUUGGUGGGUGGGAGCAGCCCCUUGACUCCAGAACGGCUGUGAAGGGGUGGCUUGGGAGGGGGCAGCCACAGUGUCCCUGCUCGGCACCAUGGGCUGGGUUCUGUUCCCCAUGGAUUAGCUCGUGGCCUUUGUCCCCUCCCGGAGAGCUGGGUCUCAUUAGGCCUCUGAAAGCUGAUACAGCCCCUCCGGGGCCACGGGAGCGGCCCCAGCCCCUCUCUGCUAAUCAGAGACAGGCAGGACCCGGCGGCGGGGCUGAGGAGGGAGAAGAGGCGAUGCGUGGCUGCCUCCUGCCCUAGGCUCAGUGGUGGGGACAAGCCCUCCCGGGCACUGCCAAAUCCGGCCCAUCGGGGAAGCCAGGGAGUGCUGGGUGAUUUAGAAGCCAACGUGAGGGAGGGAUUGUGAGGAGAGAUGGGGCCUGACUCCCCCACGCCUGAGGAGGGACGGGCCCCUGAGAUUCCCCGCUGGGAGUGGGGCCGGAACCGGCCAUCGUCUCUGCGAGUGGUAUUGAACGGGGUCCCUGCGGGUGGCAUUGAGCGGGGUCCCUGCUGGCGUGUGCCGGGGCAGCGCUGGGAUGAAGCUGCUCCGAGCCCAGACCCGCCGCCCCAGAAGCCGGGGCGAAGCCCGUGUCCCUGGCUGUGGAACAGCGGCAGCGCCUGCGCCUCGCUCUUGGCCUCUCCGGGGAGGAAAGGAAUGUGUGUGGGGGGGGGGGAGGUACAGAAGUUUUAGAAAAUCGAACUGGAAUUCAAAAAUCCUCCCUUCCCUACAACUGCUGAAAACAUCGCUGUUUGUUUCCCACCCCGUUCCCCUUCUCCUCACUGUUGUGUGUUUUUGUUUUUGUUUUAAUUCCUUUAUUAUUUUGGGUCUUUUGGGAAGUUGGGCUCCCCGUCCACACCCGCCCGCUCGGCGGCAGCGGGGCGACUCCGGCAGAGCUGGGGCUCGCCUUUGCCUGCCCGCCUGCCUGCCUGCCUGCCUGCUUUUUUUGCAGGGCUGCUGGGAGUUGUGAAGGCGUGUGAGAAUCCUGGGAGCUGGUGAUGUCAGACCGCUUGGGUCAUUUGAAGGUUAGCAGCCUGGGAAGGGUUCACGGAAAGUUCACUCGCAUAUAUUAGGCAAUUCAAUCUUUCAUUCCCUGUGACACAAGUAGUAGGAAGUGAGCUGUUCAGAGGCAGAAGCAUCUAUUCACGGCCGAGGGGGAUCCCGAGCCUCUACCGGAGCUGUUUUAUCCCGGGGAGGUGGGCGAUUGGCACGGCGUGGGACGCGGCACGCACCCGGCGAUUGCCGCAGGAGCUGGACUGACUCUCAAGAAAUUUUGGGGGAAAUUGGUGGUAGCUAAAACUUGGAAUGCGGCUCGCAUCCCCCCAUCUUGCUGGAUUGGCUGGGCAGCCUGGAAAAUGGUAAAUGAUCAUUUGGAUCAAUUACAGGCUUUUAGCUGUGUUGUCUGUCAUAAUUCAUGAUUCUGGUCUGGGAAAAAGACCAACAGCCUACGUGCCAAAAAAGGGGCAGAGUUUGAUGGAGUUGGGUGUACUUUUAUGUGCCAUUUUCCUCCACACCUAGAGGAAAGCACUUUUGCAGGCAUUCUGUGCAAGGGGAAUCAUGUUUGACUGUAUGGACGUUCUAGCAGUGAGCCCUGCUCAGAUGCUGGAUUUCUACACUGCGAGUCCGUCUUCCUGCAUGCUCCAGGAGAAGGCUCUCAAAGCAUGCUUCAGUGGAUUGGCACAAACAGAGUGGCAACACCGGCACAGUGCUCAAUCAGUUGAAACUCAGAGCACCAGUUCUGAGGAACUUGUUCCGAGCCCUCCUUCACCACUUCCACCCCCUCGUGUUUACAAGCCCUGUUUUGUCUGUCAAGACAAGUCAUCCGGAUAUCACUAUGGUGUCAGUGCUUGUGAGGGAUGUAAGGGCUUUUUCCGCAGGAGUAUCCAGAAGAACAUGGUUUACACAUGUCACAGAGAUAAAAACUGUGUUAUCAAUAAAGUUACCAGAAAUCGCUGCCAGUACUGCAGACUACAGAAGUGCUUUGAAGUGGGAAUGUCCAAAGAAUCUGUCAGAAAUGAUAGAAACAAAAAGAAGAAGGAACCUUCAAAGCAGGAGUCCACAGAAAACUAUGAAAUGACAGCAGAGUUGGAUGAUCUCACUGAGAAGAUCCGGAAAGCUCACCAGGAAACCUUCCCCUCACUCUGCCAGCUGGGAAAAUACACUACAAACUCCAGUGCAGAUCAUCGAGUUCGACUGGACCUUGGGCUUUGGGACAAAUUCAGUGAACUUGCAACAAAGUGCAUUAUUAAAAUAGUGGAAUUUGCAAAGCGAUUGCCAGGCUUUACAAGUUUGACCAUUGCAGACCAAAUAACUCUACUUAAAGCAGCCUGCCUGGACAUACUGAUCCUUAGAAUUUGCACAAGAUACACACCAGAACAAGACACCAUGACCUUUUCAGAUGGCCUUACCCUAAACCGAACUCAGAUGCACAAUGCCGGAUUUGGCCCGCUGACUGAUCUCGUGUUCACCUUUGCCAAUCAGCUCCUGCCUUUGGAAAUGGAUGAUACAGAAACGGGUCUCCUUAGUGCCAUCUGCUUAAUCUGUGGAGAUCGCCAGGACCUUGAAGAACCAAUGAAAGUGGAUAAGCUUCAGGAACCCUUGCUUGAAGCACUGAAAAUUUAUAUCCGAAAGAGACGACCCAACAAGCCUCAUAUGUUCCCAAAGAUCUUAAUGAAAAUCACAGAUCUUCGUAGCAUCAGUGCAAAAGGUGCAGAACGUGUCAUUACAUUGAAAAUGGAAAUUCCUGGAUCCAUGCCACCUCUUAUUCAGGAAAUGUUGGAAAACUCUGAAGGACAUGAACCACUGACACCAACCUCAAAUGGAAAUACUGCAGAACACAGUCCCAGUAUCUCACCUAGUUCAGUGGAUAACAGCAGUGUCAGUCAAUCCCCUAUGGUGGAAUAAGACAUUUUCCAGCUACUUCAGACAUUCCUAAUACCUUAUGUACAGGGAUGAAAAGCAAGAAAAACAUUUUUACUGCUGCUUAGUUUCUGGACUUAAUAUAUAUCUAUAUAUGUGUAUAUAUAUAUAGAUAAACUCAACAAGGACCAAGAAAUUUUCAUAUGUAUCGAUAUAUAUACUCCUUGCUGUUUAAACUCUUAAAAUAGAAAAUGCAAACUUUUGAAACUCUAAAUCAGCCAUUUCAUGCAAAAAA